AUGGAUACUCAUGCUGAUGGCUCCCUGACCCGAGAAGAGAUCAAGGCCGGCUUCGCGAAGUGCAACAAAAGGUUGUCCGACCAAGAAGUGGAAGAUAUGUUCGAGGCAGUGGAUACGAACCAUAGCGGGAAGAUAUCGUACCACGAGUGGUUGAGCGCGGUGAUGGCCCCACAGAUCUUGGGCGUCGAGAACGCCAUCAAGGAGCUGUUCCACUUCUUCGACAGCGACGGGAGCGGGACCAUCAGCAUUGCUGAGCUGAGGGACGUCGUGGGAGGCACGGAGGGGGCGCUCAUCAUUGACCAGAACGAUGGGAACCAUGAUGGAAGUCUAGACUACAGCGAGUUCAAGGCCCUCAUCGACAAGGUCGCUGAGCAUCGCAGACAACUGGAGGCAGAUGAGUAG